GCCGGUGAACUUCCUCCGUGCGCUGCCACGUCUGAGCCCCCGUGGUCCCAGCCCUACUUCCUCUGGAGCAGGAGCUACCAGGACAGGACAGGACAGCGGCGACGGCGGCGGCGUCAGCAGCGGAGUGAUACACUUGAGUUAAUAAACGAUUUGCCAUGGUGUCCAGGUUUCCUGUGUGCUUCCUCAUUUCUCUGCCAGUCCUCCUGGUACAGGGCAGUUUAUCCUCAGCCAUUCCUCCUCCCAACCCUCCUCCUCCUCCUGUUGAUGACCCCACCUGGGCUCUUGGCCUGCGCCUGUACCAGGCCCUACGCUCUGACUCCAGCUCUGUAAACACCCUGUUUUCACCUCUGCUUGUUGCCUCCUCACUUGGAGCGCUGGGUGCAGGUGCUGCAGGCACCACCGGCAGCCAGUUCCAAGACCUCCUCAAAAAUCCUUCCCCGUCCAAGGCCAGUGCACAGACUGGGGAGCUUCUCUCCACUGCGUUGAAGAGCUUCAUCGAAGCCAAUGCGACCACCUUUCACAUGCACACAUCCUCCGCUGUGUUCUCCAAGCAAGCCCCUCCGGUCAGCCAGGCAUUUGUGAAGGACAAUAAGGCCAAGUUCAGGCUGCAGCAUCAGCCACUGGGGAAAGGAGGCUCCAAGGCUGACCUGAAGCAGCUUCAUGACUGGGCCAAAGACUCGCUUGGUGGACUGGAGGCAGCUCCUUUGGAGGCAGAACUACAGGUCAACACUGGAGCCUUGAUACUGGCAAAUGCUCUAUGUUUUAAAGGCCUGUGGGAGAGAGAGUUCAGCGAUGACAGCGUAGACCGGCGAACCUUCCUGGGGAAGAAAUACACCAAAGUAUUGAUGAUGUACAGAGCAGGUUUGUACCGUCACUAUGAGGACAUAGAAAACAUGGUGCAGGUUCUGGAGGCGCCUCUGUGGGGAGGCAAGGCCAGCGUGGUGUUCCUGCUGCCCUUCCACGUGGAGAAUCUGGCUCGGCUGGACAAGCUGCUGACCCUGGAUCUGCUGUCCAAGUGGCUGGAGAAGACCAACACGACCAGUGUGGCCAUCUCGCUGCCCCGAGCAAACAUUAGCAGCAAGCUCAGUCUGCAGAAACAGUUGCUCGCUCUGGGCUUGACUGAUGCCUGGGACCAGAAGGUGGCCGACUUCUCUGGCGUGUCUGGCGGAAGCAAAGGUAAGCUUCAUCUCAGUGGUGUCCUCCACUGGGCGUCCCUGGAGCUGGCUCCUCAAGCUGGGAAAGAAGAAGCAGAUCUAGAGGAGGAGAACAUAGAAAAGCCCAAGAUGUUCUAUGCAGAUCACCCGUUCAUCAUCUUUGUUCGAGACAACGCCACCGGUGCCUUGUUGCUGAUGGGAGCCCUGGACCACGCAGAGGGAGAAGCUCUCCAUGAUGAACUGUAGUGCCCUCCAGCCUCUGGCCCUUCACUUUCUGCUCUGUUUCAUAGUCUGCAUAUAAAUAUGGACGUAGGGUUGUGGUUGAAAAGUGAGGCCUGGGAAGUAAGACGGAAGUAUCAGUUAGCCAAUGGAGGGACUAUGCUGUUUGCAAAAGGAACUGUGUUUGAACAGAAGUCUAUGGAAAAAUUGUCUUGAAGAAGUAAUGGUCUCGAUUGCUAGUUCCAUGUGACAUCUGUGAAUUUACUCUUUUGACACUGCUGUGGGGAAUUUUGAGGCUACAUUUUACAACCACACGAUUACUUCCAUUUUUAUACACAUUCUAUGUUGUGUCUCUUACUCUCUUGCACUCACACGCUGGUUUCAUAGUCAAGACGUUGCCAUUCCCUCUGGUACAGUUUCAUCAGACUAUGUCUUGCUGUCAUACAUUGACACUGCAUAGGCUCGCACUGACUGAUGCUGCCACUGCCAUACUCCCAACUCUGACACAGUCAUAAACAAUGACACCUACUUAAAUGGAAAUAUUGUGUAAGACGAUGACUGUUACAUGGAAAACAACAGAUUUGAUUGACUUGAUUCCUUGACCACACUCACUCUCAUUCAAGGGCUUAGUGUACAAGUCAACACAAAACUAAAUGACAAACACUAACAUGCUGACAAGCAAAAGUGACAUGACACAGCAGCGUCAACGAAGAACUUUAACAAACACAGCCUUACAGUGACACUUGAAUAUUCACAGUCAGACAAACACCCGGGCAAUUUGUGUGGGAUGCCCAUGCGGUCGCUGCCAGCUAAGGCGGGGUCUCCUGGGCUGGAUCUGAGGAAGACUGAUGGGUCAGCCAAGUGCUUAUUGAUGAGCCAGCUUGAUGCUAAUAGCCAUAAUGAGUCACAAUGUGUGUCAACAACACAGAGAGGACAGAGAACCUUUGAAUCUCUUGAAACGGAUUUGAGGGAUCAAUGAUCCUGUCGUGUCGUUUUAAAUAAACAUGUCUGACAUUGCUUGACUUAAGUGUAACAACUUCAUUUUUAGGAUGAGGAGUUCAAACAGGUACCAAUUGUAACUUGUGUACUUGGUUUGUUUUAUUUAGCACCAUGAUGGAUGAAUAUGUUGCGGAAUGAAUGGCAGUUGUCACUUUUGGAAUUGUAUAAAGAUACUUCUUUUUGAGGUUUUUUUUGUUACCCUUUUUCCGCGAUAGGCGAGGUACACCCUGGACAGUUAGAGUGCCCAAUUUACCUAUCCCCAUAUUGCAUGUUAAUAUCUAACUACAUCUUUCUUGACCACAUUUCUUUUUUUAACCCUGAACUAAUUUUGUUGACAUUGAGCCUCAAGUGUUCAUGCAUCAGUUAUUUUAUUUUGGAAGUGACACACUCACAGAGUGCCUCGAACGUGCGUCACCAACUUUUUCAAGAUCCACCCAAGGUUUACAUGAAGAGAAAGGUAAAAUUUGUUCCUUCAAUUUCUGCCAAUGAAUAGAAUGAGAAAUGAAA